AUGAGGAGCAACAGCAGCAUACAUUUUUACUUUCACUUGGCAUUAUUUGCAGAUUUUGGGAAUGUUAGAUAUCUUUUCUUCACUCUGUCCCUGCUGCUUUACAUGACAAUAAUCUGUGCUAAUGUUGUCAUUAUUGUGACAGUCUGUCUGGAGAAAUCCCUGCAUGAGCCCAUGUAUGUCUUCAUCUCCUGCCUGUCUUUUAACUCUCUGUACGGCUCGGCCGGCUUCUUCCCUAGGUUUCUGAUAGACAUUCUGUCUGAGACUCAUCUGAUAUCACAUUUAUCUUGUUUCAUCCAGGUGUUUGUUUUAUACAUGUAUGCAUUAUGUGAAAUUACGAUUCUCUGCAUUAUGGCCUAUGACAGAUUUGUAGCCAUAUGUCAGCCUUUACACUAUCGCAGUAAGAUGACAUUUAGGAUGGUGCUACGUCUCGUAGUUUUGGCAGAGCUCUACCCAGCAUGUGUAUGUUGCUUCUGCAUUUCCCUCACCAUUCGUUUGCCUUUGUGUGGUAAUAAAUUACACAGGCUUUUCUGCACUAACUGGCCUGUGGUUCAGCUCUCCUGCGUGGACACAACUGUAAACAACAUAGUAGGACUGAUAGCCGUUGUUGCAACCAUCUUUCUCCCCCUGAUAUUUGUCCUCUACACCUACUUACGUAUUCUGUCUGUUUCCAGAAGAAGCUCAAGAGACAUCAGGAAGAAGGCUUUGCAAACAUGCCUGCCCCACAUUGUGACUUUUGUGAACUAUUCUUUGUCUUUUGUUGGCGAGCUGUUACUGAAUCGUUUGAGAGAUGAUGAAAUUAAUCCCUUUGUCAUUGUUGUUUUAUCUCUGGAGUUUCUGAUCAUUCCCCCCAUCAUUAACCCUCUCGUUUAUGGACUCAAACUGCCUCAGAUUAAAACUAAGAUCUUUGGAUACCUUCGGGUGAUCAAAAGAGUUAAAAGAUAG